CCCCCACUUUUUUUAAUCUGUUUUUCCACUUUCUCCAAGUCACUCAUCUGUUUCUCUCCCUUUCCCUGGCUCAGUCGUCUGUCGCUCUCCCUUUGUUUUCUCUACCUGUAUCGCUAUCUGUCUUUUCAUGUGUAACUUGCCUCUAACUCUCUCAUCUGUCUGCACUGUAGAGUCGCAAUGUUAACCGCCAUGAAUGCACAGUCUUGAUUGUUUGAGUAGUAUCACGUGGGAUGGCUUAACUCGCAUGCAAUUGGUCUGUGCGUUUCCUCAUCCGCUAAACCACUACCGUGCAGACAACAAAAGCUGCGCAGGUUACAGAUAGAAGCGCCCGGUCAGGUUUUAAAUCAUAAUCUUCUGUUUUGGCUGUUUUCCGGGUCCAUACGGGACGUCUUCUGGGUCUGGACUCGGACCACGGUCCGUCUCAGGUUGGGAAUCUCUCUUCUGGUAUGAACAAGAUAAAAGACUUAAGACGGAAGCUCUUCCUCUUUUUCAUUAUUACCUUCGUCAGCUUCAUCAUCUUCACUUUCAGCUUACCCAGGUGGAACAGAUCUAUCCCGAGCCCACUCAGGGCUACGAGCAUGUGCCCCUCUCAUGUCUCUGAUCAGACCAUCACCCCCCUCAACAACACCAAGCACCUACUGGUGUCGGCCUUCAUGGACCAGAGGGUGAAAGGCUUUGAUAUACGCAUCAUUGGCAUCUUCAGGAGAGACUCAAUCCAACCCCUUCACUGUUGCUUCUGCUGUGAAGGUUUCUUGUCAAUCACAACUCCAGCAAACAUUUUACAACAUUCAGACAACUUUGGAUUUCCCUUCGUCGCAACAGAUGUCAUGUGUCCGAUUCCUGAAAACUGCAGCGCUACACAUGUCACUCUUCUGAAUCAGUCAGAGAGUUGGAUAGCACCUAAACAGAUCUGGCUCCCGAUAAGAAACAGAAAGACAAACAUGGACGAGGAGAUAAAGUUGCAGUUUAACUUCACAGUCUGCAUCUCCAACCUGUUUGGAGACUACAACAACGUGCUUCAGUUCGCCCAGACCCUGGAGAUGUACAGGUUGCUGGGCGUGGGCAGAGUGGUGAUCUAUAAAACCAGCUGUGGCGCAGAGCUUGAGCGUCUGUUGAAGAUCUACAGCCAGGACGGCUUCCUGGAGGUAGUACCUUGGCCCAUCCACCAACAUCUGAAUCCAUCUAAAGGUUGGCUCUUCUCAGAGCACGGAGGGGAUGUGCACUACUUUGGCCAGUUAGCCACGCUCAAUGAGUGCAUUUACAGAUCCAUGGAGCGCUCACGCUACGUCUUGCUGAACGACAUCGAUGAGAUUAUAAUGCCUUACCAACACGACAACCUGAUGUCUAUGGUGAACACGCUCCAAGAGCAGCAUCCAAAUACAGGGGCAUUCCUCAUCAAGAACCAUAUUUUCCCCCCAAAACACUUUGAGCCAAGCGGGAGGUUUCACCUGCCGCAAUGGAACGGGCUGCCAGGAGUUAAUAUUCUGGAGCACAUCUACAGGGAAGAACACAGCUUAAACGUAUACAAUCCGCACAAGAUGAUAAUUCAGCCAAGGUUGGUGGAGCAGACUUCAGUGCAUGAGGUGAUCAAACAAAUGGGAAAUAGCUUCCAGGUUCCACAAGAGAUCUGUCGGAACAUUCACAUCCGCGCGACUCUGCAGCCGGCGCUGACGGUGGAGCAGCUCAAUGUGGACAAACGACUGUGGGACUUCCAUGAUAAACUGGUUCCCAACGUGGACAAGGCGCUGAAGAGAGCGGGACUGCUGAACUAUGAGGGGCAGGGCUGAUGGAUGGGACUGCAAAGACAGGACAAUUCUGAAUAGAGGUGCUGGGUGAUGAUAAAUGGGCCUAGUUGGUUUAUUUAGAUUUUAUUUAGUUAUAGAUGGCUGCCAGCUCAGGUUGUUUUCUGCAUUGUCCCUCAUCACAUUGACUAUAAUUACAGUAAAUGAUGAGAAUCCGUCAUUAGAACAGGUAACAGGUUGAGCUUCUGAUGUGAAAACUCAAAAUGUGAGAGAAAUCAAAAUGUCCAAUACACCUGAGGGUAUAUUCUUGUUAUAGGGCUUGAGUAUGUAUUUAGUGUCCAGUUCUUCCAAAAAAGACCUGAAAUACUGACUUGUCUGACCAAAACACACGUUUCCACUGUGCUGGGUUCAUCCAGACAAGUCAGCGGUGCUUCUGGACACAGUUUACAUAAGACUUACUUUGGGCACAGUCAAGUUUUAACUGGUAUUUGUACAUGUAACUACUUAUUGUAGUGCCUGUCAAGAGUUUGCCAAAGUAUCCUGAGCCCAUGUGGUUAUAUUGCUUUUAGAUAAAUGACGGUUCUUGAUGCAGUGUCUUCUGAGGGAUCGGAGAGCACGGUCAGUCAGCUUAGUCUUGAGCCCUUGCUUUUUAUGCACUGAAAUUCCUCCAGAUUCCUUGAAUCUAUUAAUGAUGUUAUGCACCGCAGGGGAUGGAAUAUCCAAAUCCCUUCGUUUCCUUCUUUGAGGAACACUGUUCUUAAACAUUUCAAUAAUUUUCUCAAACAUUUAUUGGCCAACUUGCGAUCCUCUGCCCAUCUUUCCUCUUAAAGACCUAGGCCUUUCCUUCAUGCUGCUUUUGUACCGAAUAAUGAUAAUAAUCACCUGUUGACAUCACCUAUUUCAAAGCACCAGGUUUUUGAUAGGGAGACUGCUGUCCAUUGUGAUUCCAGUGUUAUAUCAUUGACUUUAUAUAAAGACUGACCUGCGCUUGGUCAUUGAUCGCUCUCUCCACUAACCGCAACAGGCUUCAAAAUGCUUAUGUUCAGGCCGGUCAGUGCUACAACGUAGUCAUAGUUAUCAUUUUUGUUAUACUACUACUAAGUAUUACACUGCUAAUAAUAAUGAUAAUAGUAAUAAUAAUAGCAAUAGGUUGUGUUGCAUUUUUCUUUACAAUGGUUCAAAGUGAUUAACAGACAAGGCAGAUGACUAUAAAGGGACAUAAAGCACACAAGAUAUAUAGCAGUAUAAAUUAAUAAAAUUAAUAUAAAAGAAAUAAAAACAGUGUAAUUGAAUGCAAAUCAAUCCUUUCCAAUAGGUGAUGUGUCUGCAGAUCACAAACUACAUACUACACAUUACAUACUAAAGGGCACAUGUAAGUAAGGUGCUGGGCAUUUUGAAGCCCUUAAAAAUGAGUAAGAAGGUAUUGUUACUUAAGUAAAGUAAAAAGUCAAUGUUGUAAAUUGUAAUUCCUCCAUUACAGAUAAACAUCCUAAAUCUAAUUUGACAAAAGUGAAGGUAUGAGGGUGAAGUAUCUGAUAUUAUUUGGUUAUUAUGGCUUAUGCAUUAUUGUGUUAGUAGAAUCUUACUUUUGAGAUGUUGCUGAUUUUAAAAGUGUUAUGCACAGUUCCAUAAUGUAAUCUAUUACAAUAGAUAACAUUCAUUUAGCUCAUAUGCCGUGUUAAUGAAAUCCUAUUUUGAAAAAUGACUGUAACUAUAAGGUAAAUGUUGUGAUGUUUCCCAAUCAAUUUAAGUUAAGAGGUGUUGAGUAAAUAUACUUCAUACAUUUCACCACUUAGCAUUAUGAUCAAUACCCCAUUAUCUAUUUACAAUUCAGAGUUUCAAGGUACAGGAUUAUACUGAAUAACCCUUCAAUAUUUAGGAGUAAAUCUUCCUGGGCACUGCUGGUAAACAAGAAGGUCAAAAUCCCCACAUGGAACAUUGUGGUGCACUUUUCACACACAUCUCUAUUCAUAGCGAUCAGUGAAACUCAGCUCUCAGCUCUGUACAUCAAUCAAUGUUUAUUUCAGCUUUUGCAUCAACAUAUUUUCAGUUCUUUUUUUUUUUUUGCCAAGUAAUUUUCUAAUACACUAGUAUAAUAUCAAUAAGAACAAAAAGUGGUAGAAUCCAUUUAAAUAAGACAAACUUUGCUGCCAUCAUUGAGAAAACCAGAGAAAUGCCUUUUUCAGGAUACGACAGUGUGAAGAAGAACUACAGAGUCCCAGUGAUUUAGACAGAGCCAGAAUACCAGAUACAGUACCAGCAGUAACAGGUACAACAUAUACAGAGAAAAAUAUCUCAAGAGUGUCUUCUUUUUUUUUUUGUUUCACCUUUCACCCAAGAUUGAACUGUACAGUUAAUAUAAAAAACAAAAAAACAUACUAACAAAACACCCUGUCAGUAGAAGUCCGAUUUUUUUCUUUUUUAAAUCCAUUUUCUUUUGGUUUUUGUGAUUUUUGUUGUUACGUGUUUUCUCCGCCAUAGACAGAACUGCACUGAACACGAAUCUCAUAGACGGUACAGCGAUAGAAGAGAAAUGUAUCAUUUCUGGUGUCAAGUUGAAGACAUCUCAUUCAAUCAGGUCAUGUGUAAUGACUGAAAUCCCCGAGGCUCUGCUUCUGGAUUUCAGGUGAAAACAAAUGGGUUUGAAGGCCUUUUAUUGAAGCCUCAGCUGACAGGAAGUAGACUGAAGCGGAUUCGUCCAGGUCUGUUUUUCUUCUGAGUAUAUGUGUGUCGCUGCAUGUUUUUUUACGUGGGAUUGACGUCAACAGGAUCAAGACACAAUGCAUCACACGGGUUAAUGCUUGUGCGCAUAAAGGCCUGAAGUGUGAGAGAUAAGAUAUCAGUAAUCCCCGUUCAGCUUUUCAGAUUGAUUCAAAAUACAGACGAAUACAUGUAGUACAAAAUAUCCCCUUCAGUUAAUGCUGUUUUAACAUGUCGUGUGGCUACCCAUUGACAUGUACAACACAAUCACAAUAUGAUACACAACAAUGUAUCAUGGAACAUUUGUCGUUUUUCACAUACAACAGCCCCCGGGUGAGAGGCCUUUCACCAUCAAAGAUAAGAAUGUGACAAGAGGAUAUAGUCAUCAAGAACAAUAUUGAACGGAAAUGAAAAAAAUCAAACAUAUUUGCCCUCGGUUGAAAUUGUUGCAAAUGUUUUACACAUGUACAUAGUUUCUUCACUGACUCAACAUCUGAACAGCACUGGAAAAAAACAAAUAAUACUCAAACUUCUCCUGAAACUCACAAGUGUUUAAACCAACGUGAUUUCAGGUCUGCGCUCUGUGUUCCCCGAGGACCAAUCAGGUUCAUCGCUGGGAGACGCACACGCCGCCACUUUAAGGAUCGGGGGAGAGAUAGACAGGAGGGUGUCUUUCAUUUUUGAUUGCUUUGGCAGAGAAAGAGUCUGCUUGAACGCUUGUUGGCGCUCUUUCUCACUGUUACACAAACACACACACACACACACUCUCACGCACACAAACACAACCUAAUUGCUCACUAAACUUGUAGAACCGACGAAGGCAGCUAAUGACUCAAAUGGCGAACGAUUGACAACCCAAGAAAUAAUAAAAAAAACACCCUCAUAUAUAUAUAUAUUUAGAAUCGUUUUUUUCACAAAGGAUAAAUGCCCUCAUGGUCAAGAACUUUCUCUCAUCUGCUCUGAUCAACAGGAAACACAUGUUGAAUACUCACUAGUCUUUAGCUCUUUGUUUGUUUACAGUAAGUAGAUUCACCCAUCUGUUUAUUUUUUUUCUUAUGGCACGUGAAUAGUACAUACAUGUUCGAAUAGAUAUAAACACACUGUGCCCAGAAUACAGGUUAAACUGUCUUUCAGCCGUCGCGUACGUCUCAUAUCAAUCUGCUCUCUGCUCUUUUCAUACAAUUAUAGUUGGGGAGCGAUGUAUUCGUCAUUAUCGUUUUAAUGCUUUUAUUAUGUAGCAGCAGCCAUAAAGUGAAAUUAAAUGUGUGUGAUCAGACAGUGCGCAGUUAAGUGUAAAUACUACCGAUUCGUGUUUGCACUGUGCAGCCCAGAGUAAUUGGUUAUAACAAAGUUGUAGCGCUAUGCUAAGUGUGUGUAGAGAAAGCUUAGUAUGUGCAUCUACAUUGUGUCAAGUAGUAUUAGCUGAAACUGAGAACAAGAAAUUAAAAUGAACCAAAGAGGAAAAAUAAUUAAAGGGAAAGGAACACAACUUUUGGCUUAAUAGCAAUGCAGGUAUACAUUUCCCUUUUUAUAUAUAUAUUUUUUUUUUGUCAGUAUUUCAAAAAAUAUAAAGUUUUUCAUAGUU